AUGUCCUCAGAGGAGCGCGAAAGAAGCAGAGUCACACUCUUUAAAGAAGGGGUGACGGCAGUGCCAUUCGAAGAUAAUGAUGGGACGACAUAUCAAAGAAGAGUUCAUUCAUUUCGUAUUCCUUCCCUUAUUGACGUUGAUGGUGUGAUGAUCGCCAUCGGUGACGCCCGUUAUAAUACGUCUAACGACAACUCCUUUAUCGAGACGGUGGUAAAGUUCAGUGUGGACAAUGGGAAGACGUGGGAAACACAAAUUGCAGUGAAGAACACUCGUGUGAGUAAAGUUUCUCGUGUGGUGGACCCUACAGUCAUCGUAAAGGGGAACAAGAUUUACAUGCUUCUGGGAAGAUACAACAAGUCGAUUUUUUACUGGACUCAGCACACUACUGGAAAUGAUUGGGAGCCUGUGCUUUCUGUUGGUGAGGUGAAGAAGACAACGAUAGAUGGUAAGGUGAAUGCAACGAUUACAUGGACCGAUCCUGUCUCACUAAAAUCUAUUUUCCCUAAAGAGAUUGCAGGAGCGGCAUCAAAGCAAUUCCUUGGGGGUGCAGGUGUUUCUAUUGUAACAACGGACGGUACUCUUGUGUUCCCAGUCCAGGCAACGAAUAAAAAUAAGGAAAUCACCGCAAUGCUUAUGUAUUCCAAAGACGGUGGUGAGACAUGGAAGUUCGCAAACGGUAUCACUGCGCUGGGUUGCACUGAAUCUUCUAUUCUUGAAUGGGAGGGAAAAAUCAUAUUGAACGCACGUACGGACAUUGGUUACCGCAAAGUCUUCGAGUCCACAGACAUGGGGGAGACAUGGAAAGAAGCUGUUGGUACACUCUCCCGAGUGUGGGGCAACUCACCAACAAGGGAAGGACCUGGUAGCCAGAGUCCCUUCAUUCCUGUAACGAUUGAGGGGAAGCGUUUGAUGCUGUUUACACACCCCCUGAAUUAUAAGGGGAAGUGGGAGCGUGACCGACUCCACCUAUGGGUAACGGACAACAACCGCAUAUUUGAUGUUGGUCAGAUUUCCGUUGGUGAUGAGAACGCCGCCUACAGCUCAGUGCUGUACAAGGAUGACAAGUUGUAUUGUUUGCAUGAAGUUAAUAUUCAGGAGCGAUACAGUCUUAUCUUUGUGGAGCUAAAAGAAGAACUGAACUUGAUCAAGUCAGUGGUGAAGACCUGGAUCGAGCAGGACAAGAAGUUCUCAGACAUUUGCACCUCAGUCGACCCAAAGACACAGGCUGGUGCAAGUGACUGCGGCCUCCCGUUCCCCACCGCUGGACUUGUUGGCUUCCUUUCCGAUGGGGGUGACGGUAAACAGUGGAAGGACGCAUACCGCUGUGUGGACGCUAGCGUGAAAAAUGCUGAGAAGGUUCUCAAUGGUAUGAAAUUCAAGGGAGUUGGUGCAGGGGCAAUUUGGCCAGUAGGUAAGCAGGGACAGAACCAGCGAUACCAUUUUGCAAACUACAUGUUUACGCUGGUA